AUUCGAUAUAUGUACCUGACAAGUGACACUUAUCAAAAGGAUCUCCAAGAAGCAGUCGACAGAUUGUCAGUGAGAGAGAAUGUAGGUAAGAGGUUAUCAUUUAGGCCAAUUCUCCAGAAGAAAUGAAAAUUAAGGGAGAGUAUAAUGCUAAGCUCAGAAAUCGAUUGAUUAGUUCUAAGAAUCAAUACGACAAAUUAGCCGUCACCAAGCCGAUGAUUGACAAACUUAAUCCGAAGGCUUUAUUUAAGACAACUACAGUUCUAAGCCCAAGUGCUCCUUGAGACUCACCUCGCUGUAAAUCCCUCUUAACUCUUAGUCGAGAACAACGGGUUCAAAUAAAGAUGUCUCCCGAGUAAGCGACCACUGGAAAAAGCUAGAAGCUUUGAAUAAUCCUGAUAAUGAACGUGAGAAAUAAACUUGCUACUUUCUAUGGCGCUUACGACUAUAUCAACAUCAUCAAAUAAGUACAUGGAGUUUGGCACUGAAGACGACCUUAAGAAGAACCUAGAUAAAGCAAAAGAGAACUGGAAUAAGAUCUCAGAUUUGAUCUUUAAUAAUGACCAAAAGUUUUAUACAGCAGGGAAGUUUAUUCAGACUAUUAAUUCUUGCGCCAGGACUAAGAAGGUGGCUAAAAGAGAGAUACCGAAGAUGAGUAUUAAGGUUAAAUAAACCUGAUUCAGCCAGAGGUCUCAAAUUUACGAAGAGGACAACUAAAUAAAUCAAUCCACAGAAGUGGUGAAAGUUACGAAAAGCCAAGCUUGAUGAAUUAUUGUUUCCAAAGAAAGAAUCCUGAGCAGACUCACAAGAAAGCAACAUUAAAUAAAGCACCCCUAAUGAAGAAGAAGUAUGCAAGUAUGCUUAGAGAACACUCAAGGCUUAAUCAACUGAUUGAAGUCCCUAUCCUCAAAACUCGGAUAAAAGAAAGAAGCAAGCCAAUUUAUGCUGGGGAAAGAAGGAUCUCCGAUGUAGAAUUCUUGACUGAAGAAUCAGAAGAUAAUUGUGAUGAGGAUUACUAUAAGAGAGCAAUAAAGCUUAAUUCCCCUGCUGGAUAUAAUAUCCAGGUGUCUUCUCAAGAAAAAGAGCCAGGACAUCUCUUGAAGAAGGAAAAAGAAAUCAGGAUGAAGAAAGAUAUCUGUAGUUUGAAAUAGCUUGAUGAAGAAACUAAAGAAUUCUAAAAGGAGAAAAAUGACAACUGCAUCAAGAAGGGUCUCUAUAUUUGAAGAGCCGUCCAGCACUACCAUUGAUAAAAUCCUAUCAAAUUAUAAUGACAAGGAAAGAAAGAAUUCUGUGGUCAUACUUAAAAAGGUUGCCCUUAAUGAAGAUGAUAAGAAAGUUACAAAGAAUAUUCUAAAUGUAAAAGUAAGCAAAGCUCAUCACAAGAUGCUGCUAUCAAAAUAAGAAAAGCUCAUUUCAUAUUAAAAAGCAAGAAAAAGACAAGAGAGUAGAACGAAAAUUGGGUCUUUUUCAGGGACGGAGUAGUAAGAUUAGUCAGGCUCCGAUGGUUCCUGUACUCAAAACUCAAAGACAAAAAGUGAAGGCACUUCCUUUGAAUCUUGACUUAUCAAUGAUAACUACCCAAAAUGUGUUUGACCCUGUAAGAGAAUUUACCAGCAAACCUGCUUGAAGAAAUAAAAGGUCUUCUAUGACACAGAGAAGAGUCAAGAAAAAGGAUCGUUUCUCAAUGACAAGGAAUAGCUUAGGAACAGACAGCGUAGUUGAACUACAAAUGAGCACUAGGUGGCAAAAUCUGACAAUUGAUUAA